UGAGUUUUGAAAUGAUACCCAACUCUCUCAACCCAAGAAUAAUUUCCAAAAUCCAAAUCAUCAAAAACAGAAUUAUGAAAAAGGAAAUAUUUUGGGCUGGAAUUGGACAAUUUAAUACAGAUUAAGAAGAAUCAUCAACGUGUCUCGUUAAUCACCCAAAGUUCGAAAUUAUCAACUUAUCUUCGCCUUCCACACUUCACUAAUAAAAAAAAUGAAUUCAUCAAAACCUGAAAGCUUCACCUGCUGCAGCAAAUGGCCACUUCCUCAAAAAAUUCCCAGUUCCCAACCUCUUUUUGAUUGAAGGGUUCGUGUUUUUGCCGGUUCUCUUCUCACUCUCCUGCAAUCGUGAACCACCAUUGCAAAUAUCCCUUUUGUUGUGCAGAGAAAAUUUCGAUAAACAAACCCAAUCAAUCCUUUUGUUUGAGGAGAUAAUACUUGGUCCACAGCCUGAUAAAAGCUGGCGAGGCGACGUAGAUUCAAGCUGAUUUGACACCCGAAUCUUACUGUGAAAUUCGAGAUUAAGCCAUUUUUUGCAAUCCCAUUUCCCAAAUCAGCUCUACUGAAAUUUGUCGACGAUUUGAUUGAAAUUUCUUUCGUAGCGAGAAGACCCCAGAACGGAAUAGCGAUUUUUUUUUCUGACGUAUAGAAUCCCGUUUACUUGUAAUACAGUCCCAUUUCUUAAAGCUGUAGCUCGAACUUGAUCUAAUGGCUUCCCUCUCUAUUGGGAUUCAUUUGCCCCCAUCUCAUCAUUGGAAGAGAUUUGCACUUCAGUCCCAGUCUCCCAUUUCACUCCCCUUUCACACUAGCUAUGGUUCUUCGUUGAGUAGAGUCAGAACUCCAAGGUUGCUUGGUAAGAACCUUCUUGUGCGGGCUGAAGAUGAGAAUAAAAGCUCUUCUUCGUUUGAGCAACUGCAAGCUCCACCCAGCUUCAGUAAACAACUGGAGGAACUCUCAUCCAAGUCAGGAACAUGUGAUCCCCUAUGCUCAGUUGAUGAAGUAAGUUCACAGGAUUUUGAAGAUAGUUACCAGCCAAAGACUGAUUUAGUAAAGGCUUUUGCAAUAUUUGCAGCUGCCCUUACUGGAACAGUGGCAAUUAAUCACUCCUGGGUUGCUGCUAAUCAGGAUCUUGCUAUGGUGUUGUUGUUUAGUAUAGGAUAUGCUGGAAUCAUUUUUGAAGAAUCUCUUGCCUUCAACAAGAGUGGAGUGGGAUUAUUGAUGGCUGUUGGGUUAUGGGUUAUUCGAAGUAUUGGGGCUCCAUCCACCGAAAUUGCUGCUUCAGAGCUAACACAUGCCACAGCAGAAGUCAGUGAAAUUGUAUUUUUCUUACUCGGCGCAAUGACCAUAGUGGAGAUCAUUGAUGCCCAUCAAGGAUUUAAGUUGGUUACAGACAGUAUAACCACUCGAAAACCACGAACUCUCCUCUGGGUGAUUGGGUUUGUAACUUUUUUUCUAAGUUCAAUCCUCGACAACCUGACGACCACAAUUAUCAUGGUUUCUCUAUUGCGAAAACUAGUUCCGCCAUCAGAGUAUCGCAAGCUACUUGGAGCUGUAAUCGUCAUAGCAGCAAAUGCGGGUGGUGCGUGGACACCUAUUGGAGAUGUAACAACCACCAUGCUAUGGAUACAUGGUCAGAUAACAACAAUGCCAACACUCAAAGACUUGGUUAUACCUUCUGCUGUAUCACUUGCAGUACCGCUGGCCCUGCUGUCCCUUACAAGUGAAGUUAAUGGGAAGGGACAGGAUUUUUCUGAUGUUAUGGCGUCUGAGCAGAUGGCUCCUCGAGGAAAGCUCGUCUUUUCUGUAGGUGUUGGAGCUUUAGUUUUUGUCCCAGUGUUCAAGGCCCUCACAGGUUUGCCACCCUACAUGGGUAUGCUGCUUGGUCUUGGAAUUCUGUGGAUUCUGACUGAUGCUAUUCACUAUGGUGAAUCGGAAAGGCAAAGGUUGAAAGUUCCUCAGGCUUUAUCUCGUAUCGAUACGCAGGGAGCGCUAUUUUUCCUUGGUAUCCUUUUGUCAGUCAGCAGCUUAGAGGCUGCGGGGGUGUUACGUGAGUUAGCAAACUACCUUGAUGCUCAUAUUCCAAAUGUUGAACUCAUUGCGAGUGCAGUCGGAGUUAUAUCAGCAAUUAUAGACAAUGUACCAUUAGUUGCAGCAACAAUGGGAAUGUACGACCUCUCGUCCUUCGCUCAAGAUUCUGAGUUCUGGCAGCUAAUUGCAUUUUGUGCUGGCACUGGUGGAUCCAUGCUUAUAAUUGGAUCUGCAGCUGGAGUUGCAUUCAUGGGGAUGGAGAAGGUGGACUUCUUUUGGUACUUAAGAAAGGUUAGCGGUUUUGCAUUUGCGGGAUAUGCUGCCGGGAUUGCUGCCUAUUUAGCUCUUCAUAACUUCAACAUAUCUCUACCUACAACUAUUGCUGAGGUGCCUUCCAUUUUGGGUUCAUAAACUGAAACAUUUUGAUCACUUCUAAUAAACAAGGCAAGGCAAUUUUACUUUAUUGAUCCAUGUACCCCAAAGCUGUCAUUUUGAAGAGUGGAACCCAUCUGUAGAUCAGGAGAUAUAACUCUUUACUAUUGUUCCAGAGCUGUAGAAACUGAGAACAUCCAACCAAAGUAAAUAAUUCAUUUCUUAGUAAAAGCAUAUAUUUCUUCA